AUGGCUGCCAAUCCCGUUCAGAAUGGACUCUUCGUCCACGAGAACACCACCCCGCCUGCCCAUCCCAGCCUCAUGCAGAUGUUCUCUCUCAAAGGCAAAACCGCCAUUGUCACCGGCGCCACCGCCGGCAUCGGCUUUGCCGUAGCCCAGGGUCUGGCCGAAGCUGGCGCCAACGUGGCCAUCUGGUGGAACACCAACGAGAAGGCCUCCGAGAGCGCUGCACAGAUCGCCGAGAAGUAUGGAGUCCAGACCAAGGCCUAUAAAGUGCAGAUCACCGAUCCGCAGGCCGUGCAAGCAGCCGUCGACCAGGUGGUCCAAGACUUCAACGGACGCCUGGACGUGUUUAUCGCCAACGCGGGAGUCGCGUGGAUCAAAGGGCCGAUGGUGGAUGCGCCGCUGGAGCACUACGAGCACGUGGUGGGCGCCGACCUGAACGGGACCUUCUACUGUGCCCGGGCGGCGGCCAGCCACUGGCGCCGCCAGAAGGAGCAGGGGACGGAUUUCUUUGGCAACAAGCUGGAGAAUUUCACUUAUGGCAGCUUUGUGGCGACCGCCUCGAUGAGCGGACAUAUUGUCAAUUUCCCGCAGAUGCAGGCGGCGUACAAUGCCGCUAAAGCCGGUGUCAUUCAUCUCUGCAAAUCCCUGGCCGUCGAAUGGGUCAGAUUCGCUCGGGCCAACAGUGUCUCUCCGGGCUACAUCGCGACCGAGCUAUCCAACUUCGUGCCCGCCGAGACCAAGAAUAUCUGGCGGGAUAAGAUCCCCAUGGGUCGAGAGGGUCUGCCGGAGGAGUUGAAGGGGGCGUAUCUGUACCUGGCCUCGGAUGCCUCGAGUUAUACGACCGGUGCAGACAUCGUGGUGGAUGGCGGGUACUGCGCUCCGUGA